GCACUCAAGCUUUCUGCAUCAGAGCAUGGCUCAAUAACUGUUACACCAGCAUCACUAAAAAGAGGUCGUUCCGAGAGGGCACGGAUAUUCCUGAGAAGCCGGAGUCUGAUUGCCUGGAGUCCGAUUGCACUGAAGACUGAAUCGACCCCAGUGAGAUUCAACUCCACGUUCCUGCUUCUCACACCAUGGAGGUCCUGCGUUCCCACAGCUCCGCCUCUUCCUGUCCCGACAUCUACAACUGGACCAGCAGCAGCAGGAGUCUCAUCUUGGAGCAUUACAACUUCACCGGACGCCUCCACCACCGCAAGCCCUCAAAGAAGGGCAUGAGUGCCGCCAGCGUCCUGUUCCUGGGCUUCAGUGUCAUGAUCAUCCUGGAGAACCUCCUGGUGCUGCUGGCAGUGUUGUUCGGCGUCCGUCUGCGCCAUCGCUGGAUAUUCAUGUGCAUCGCCAACAUCGCAUUGAGCGACCUGCUGACGGGAACCGCCUACGUGGUCAACAUCUGCAUGUCCGGCGACCGCACCUUCAAGCUAAGCCCGGUCCUGUGGUUAUUCCGCGAAGGACUUCUGUUUGUAGCCUUGGCGGCGUCCAUAUUUAGCCUGCUCUUGAUCGCAGUAGAGCGCUACGCCACUAUGAUGAAGCCCGUCCACCAGAAAACCACCACAAAGACUUACCGGAUCUACAUAAUGAUGGUACUCUGCUGGGCAACGGCGCUUGUGAUCGGAUUCCUUCCCCUGAUGGGCUGGAACUGCAUUUGUGACCUGAAAAGUUGCUCCACGCUGCUGCCACUCUACUCCAAGAGCUACAUCUUGUUCGCCCUGGUCAUCUUCUUCAUAAUCCUGCUCACGAUCGGCGCUCUCUAUUUCGCCAUCUACUGCCACGUCCGCGGUAGCACCGACACCAUAUUGGUACGCAGCCGCAAGCGCUCGCUGCGCCUCCUGAAGGCCGUCAUCUCCAUCGUUGGGGUCUUCAUGGUUUGUUGGGGUCCUUUGUUCGUCCUCCUGCUGGUGGAUUACUUCUGCUACUCUCGCAAUUGUAGCACGCUCUUCAAUCCUGAAUGGGUCAUCGCCUUGGCCGUGCUCAACUCAGCCAUGAACCCGCUCAUUUACUCGUUCGGCAGCCUGGAGGUGCGCAAAGCCAUCGGGAUGCUCCUGUGCUGCUGCUGUCUGAAGGCGAGACUCUGUGACCCCAAGACCUUCAUGACCAAGGAGACGUCCAGCACCUCCGGGAGUCGACAUAGCAGUCUGCGCAAUAGCUUCAACAAGGUACGAUCCCUGAGCACCAGCCCGCAGCCCGAACCGAAGAACGGCAAGAAACCACGCCUCAGCUCCACCACUUCUUGUUUAUCUGCAUCGAGCGGUUAAGCCAUGGUGGGCAGGUGUGUUUCAUCUCCACCACAGGAACUGUACCUCCUCAUCGUUGCGGCUUCAGAAGAGUUUCACUUUUUGUAAGUCAAAAGUCAGCAGGUGCUGAUGGACACAUGCAGAAUGGACUGUUAAAGUCAGCAGCUGUGCAACAAAAACAUAAAAAAGUUAAAAAAAAAAGUAACUUGAAUGCAUUUCUUUACAAGACUUGAGCCGAUUGCAAAUCAGAACUGUAAAAUACUUAAAUAGAAACUGCCUACUAUUGCCUUUUGACAUGAGAAUGUGCAAGUGAUAUAAAUGCUGUAAUUUAAAAACUUAAAAAAUAUAUUUUCAUAUUCUACGUAAAUGGAUUUUUUUAUAUUUUAUACAUGCACUUUUAAAACAGGUUUAAGGUUUUCAGGGAAAUAUUUUAAAUGUAUGCACUGUAAUGUUUGUUUAAGAAAUAAAGGCACUGAUUAAUAUUGAAAACGUG